AUGUCGUCUAGAACCUUACCAAUUACUCCUUCAUCUCAAUCUACCAUUUAUGAACCAAUUCCAAUACCACCACCAAAAAUAAAUCCACAAAUAUCAACACCUAUCAUAGAAAUUCCACCACAAAAAUCUACUCCCACUUUAGAAACACUUGCCACAGAAACUCCUAUAGUUUCUACUCCUGUUUUGGAACAACAAUCGAUACCACCAUCAUUAUCUCCUCCACAGUUACAAACUACACCCAUCUCACCACCACCAAUUGUUUUUGCUCCCCAACCAAAUAAUCCAAACAUUACAACACCUAGAACAUCUCCUACUAGAAGUGUUUCUGACGGACAUGUUUCCGAAGGCAACUCCUAA